AUGAACUCAAUGUUGCGGGUUGGAUGGCUGUUUGAAGCAUUUGCUAUUUUCGCCACCCUUGUCUCAGCUCAAUUACCUCCUGGGCCUCCUCUACCAGAAAACAUCUUGAAGCAGACAACAUCAUUCCUUGACCAAUCAACACCAAUCAAGGAUUUCUUUGGCCAGACUUUCUUGAAGCAGAAUAUUCCUUUCAUCGAUAUCCCAGACAAAGGCAUUCAGGAUGUCUACUAUUAUCGAUGGUCAUCGCUUCAACGCCAUCUCCGUUAUACUGUUGCUGGUACAGGAUAUGUCAUAACAGAAUUCGUUCAGCCCAAUGGUUACGCUACAACUCUCAAUACCAUAGAUGCAGCAGCUGGCCAUCAAAUUGAUGAAGCAAGAUGGCUUCGAAGCAACUUUUAUAACGAUGACUACAUCCAAGCCUAUACUCGGGGGCCGGGCAACUCGACACAGUAUACCCACUGGAUACUAGAUGCUCUAAAGAGAAGAUCGGACGCAAAUGGUGACAAGACUUACGCAUCAGGUCAGCUAGAGGAUAUGGUUCGUUUGUGGAGCCAAUGGGAUGACUCUUUCGACAAGAAAACUGGACUUUACUAUGGCACACCAAGCUCUGACGGCCAGGACUACAGCCUUCCUGGCUAUGUCACUGCCCCUUAUAGUGGCAGAGGUGUCAAUCCGGUGCAGUUGAAUGGCCCGAAUACUUAUCGUCCAAGUCACAAUUCUUACAUGGUAGCAAAUGCAAGAGCGAUUGCCACUGUCGCGGGGUUUACCAACUCCACUGCGAAUAUUACAUCUUCGUUUACUUCUGUCGCGAAAAGUCUUGAAGAGGCUAUGUACAAAACUCUCUGGGAUCCUGUUCAGAAGUUUUUUGUAGAUGUUAUAAGGUCCAAUACGCCUGCUUUAACUCCUAUCAAAGGUAGAGAGGCUGUUGGCUUUUACCCGUUUCGAUUCGGUAUUGGCCUUGAGGCAAACCGCACCACAGCAGCAAAAAGUUUAUUUGACCCAAAUGGCUUUCAAGCGCCCUAUGGUCCUACGACCUUGGAAAGUCGAAACCAGUUUUUUGACGCCAAGAAGUCUGGUAGUUGGAACGGUCAAUCAUGGCCAUUCUCAACAGCUCAUAUUCUCAAAUCUCUCGCCGCCAUUUACAGAAGUGGUAGCUCUUCUAUCGACGCAGACCAAUACGUACAGUAUAUGCGAACAUACGCUGCGACCCAACAGAAGAACGGCAAGCCUUACGUGGCCCAGUCGCACUACCCAUACGAGAACGCCUGGUCUACUGAUAUCUCAAAUCACUCGGAACAUCAUGAUCAUUCCACUAACAAUGACGACGUGAUUACAGGGCUUCUGGGAAUAGUUCCCCAUUCUGACGAAGUUUUGGAAAUCGCGCCGAUUGUCCCAAAGAGUUGGAAAUAUUUUGCCAUUGAAUCACUUCCCUAUCAUGGACAUUUGAUCACCGUCCUGUACGAUGCUGAUGGAUCCAGGUAUAAAUGUGGUGGGAAUCUUUGCGUCUAUGUGGACGGCGUGCAAGUGCUGAAGGAGAAUCGCAAAUACCCAAUUCACGAGAUAAUUCCUCUCACAACUGUAGCGGUAUCUCCGUUUCCAAUGUUUCCUGCCGCCUUCGUUCCUGUAAACUUAGCGUCAAAUCCUUAUGGAACCGGCCACUUCCCACUCGCUGAGGCAACAUACACUCAUCAGGCGGACAGUCCAUACAAAGCCAUUGAUGGCUACCUGUUUUACGACAGUGUUCCAGAUAACCGCUGGACAAAUUAUCAAUCAAAAAAUAAGAACGAUACUCUCAAGGUCACUUUUGCUCGUCCACGUAACAUAUCAUCGGUUACUCUUGCGCUCUACUCCGAUGUGGCUCGUGGUGGUCAUGUAGAUGUCCCAGCAUCUAUCGAGAUCUAUGGUUCUAGCGGUCUUAUUUACAAGUCAAACGGGACAUCACUCCUGGCGAAUGACAAGAAUACGUUUGCCUUUAGCACGACGGUGGAAACUCUUUUUGUUGCUGUCAACAUGUUCAACAAGGCCGGUUCCUUCGUAGGGGUUUGUGAACUGGAAGUAUGGAACAUGCUCGUGCUGCAACCAUACUUUUUCGCCGCCGACGCGUUGAUGACAAGCGCUCAAGUAGUCUUCGAUAAAGCUUCAAAUAUCACGGCCAAUGGUGCAGUCGCAGGGAAUCUGUCACCAGCCAGUCAAAUUGCCUUUUCUGGCGACCUUCCCAGUAGGCAAGUCGGAAACCUCACGCUAUAUUAUUCGAACAACGGAAGCGCUUCAGUGCCUAUCGAAUUGAAGCUUAACCAGGUACCCCUCAAAACGGUCAGCUUAGAGCCGACAGGAGGCAAGUAUCUCGGUUACGUUAUGCCAAUCUUGUUGCCCAUUGGUAAGAACUUCAUUACUCUUGUUGGUGGAUCUGCAGAGUUGAGGUACGCCUUGAUUACACUCGAGGGAGAUGAUCCCAACAGAGGCCAGGUGCCGGCAGGAUUGUGA